GCGUUAAAUGUCUCACAUUUGUGGCAAAAGUAAUGCCAUUUGUGUAACAAAUAGUGUUUACAAUUGAAUGUUAUUAUACCGUAAACUGUAAUUAAUUAGGCAUUAAAUCGUGAAUUAAUAGUAAAUCCAAUCGUUUAAGCGUUGAAUCGAUGCCUAAAAUAAGAAGAGCUCGUAAUAAACCUCCGCCCGAAGGCUGGGAACUAAUAGAGCCCACACUCGAGGAGUUGGAGGCGAAGAUGAGGGACGCGGAGACCGAAACACAUGAGGGGAAGCGUAAGAGCGAGUCUUUGUGGCCCAUCUUUAAGAUCCAUCACCAGAGGAGUCGCUAUAUCUUCGACCUCUUCCACAAACGCAAAGCCAUCUCCAGAGAGCUCUACGACUACUGUCUUAAGCAGAGGAUCGCAGACCAGGCGCUGAUCGCCAAAUGGAAGAAACAGGGCUAUGAAAACCUGUGUUGUUUGCGUUGCAUUCAAGUGCGGGACACAAACUUUGGCACGAAUUGCAUUUGUCGGGUCCCGCGAGAGAAACUCGAAGACCCAAACGCGUCCACUCGUGAGUGCAUUCACUGCGGAUGUCGCGGCUGUUCGGGUUAGACAUCGAUUCGGUUUUCUCUUCAUAUUUUUUAUUUAAUUAUAAAUGCUAUCCAUUUGUACUCAUUAUUGACAAUAAUUAUUACAUUUAAUAAAUAGAUUAAAACAAUAUUUAAAUCUAAAAAACAUUAAAUAAAUAAAUAUAUGAUUUUAUGGACAAAA